AUGGCGAAGAACAAGACAUCCAAGCCGCCCAAGUCGCGGCCCGUGUCUACGUCGGCCCUGUCCCAGCCGCUAGAGAGUAACUUUAGUGAACAGAUCACGGAAUUUGCCGGUGAUGCAUCUCUCCUUGCACAGCUCUCGCAGGCCGUCGACCGCGCCCGCUUGCGUGUCUACGCGCCCGGCACCGCCGGCGUCGUGGCCGACUACCUGCUGCCCGAGGGCGUCGCGUGCCGUGCAAUGGCGUGGGUGCAGCUGGGCGCCAAGAGCCACACGGACGGCCUGUCGUCCAAAAAGCGCAAGGCGCUCGCCAAGGCCGAGGCGUCAGGCGCCUUAUCGCCCGCUGCGGCGCACGUCGCGCUCGGCCUCUCUGAUGGCACCGUCCUCAUUUUCUCGCCGCAAACGUCGAGCGUCGUGCACAUCCUCGUUGCGUCGACGCCGGACAGUGCAUCGGCCGCCGUCGUUUCUCUGUCGUGCGAUGCACAGCAUUUGUGGGGCGCCACAGCCCACGGCUGGGUCCACGGGUGGGACCUCGCGCACAUUACCCAGGCCACGGCGCAGGACCGUGUGCCGCCGGCCGUACACUUCCUUCCCGACGGCAAGACGCCCGUCUCGCUGCUGCAGGCUGGGCGGCAAGGCCGCAUGCUGGCCGCGCACCAUGCGAUUCUGCUGUAUGAUGUGAGCGGCACACCCCGCUCGCGCCCUACGGCGCAGUACUCGGGGCAUGCGACGCCCGUGACGCACCUCGCGUGGAUCGGCACGCAUGCGUUUGUGAGCGCCGCGGCCGAGGACCGCCACCUGUACUACUGGCUGUGCGACACGACGCAAUCCCACGGCCAAGCCAGUGCGAUGCUCACGCUCGAUGCGCCGGCGCGCCGCCUGCUCGCCUGGGAGGACAAGCACGCUGGGUGGCACCUGCUGACCAUAUCUGUGCGCGGCACGGCCCACGUGUACGUCCUGCCCCGCGAUGUGCCGACGGCGCAGGGCCUCGUUACGCUCACGCCCGUCUCGGAGGUGCGCCUUUCGGGCGGCAGCACCGACCUGUGCGACGCCAUGCGUACGCGCGGUGGCGACCGUCUUGUGCUUGCGCGCACCGUGAAGGGCGUCAAAAUCGUGCUGGACGAAGCCGCUCUCUACGAUGGCGAGGCACUCUGCUCACCCAUUGUUGUGCAUACCAGUGCGGCGCGGAAGCAGGAGGCGGCGUCCAGCGACACACAGCGGUACAAAGACCAGGCGGGCGCUGCCGGCACACGCACGGAGCUGCCUGGCCACACGGCCGCAGCGGCCGCGCUGCUGGGCACGGAAGGCGGGCUGCUCCCCACCGUGGCACCUGGCGAGCCUGACCCUCACGACGAGCUCCUUCGGAGCGGCGAGGCGGUGGAUGAGCCGACGCUUGCGCAGCGCCUCAAGGCGCUCAAGGUGCAGCGGGGCGAGGCGCUUGCGGGCGAUGCGUCCGCGCUCGAUGCGGACGCGUCCGAGCCUGCAGCGCCGAUUGUCCCCGUGGGUGGUGCCUCGCUUGCCUCCUCGCUGACACAGGCACUGCAUUCCGGAGACCACGCGCUCCUCACAUCCUGCCUCGUGCACUCGGACGUGGCGCUGAUCCGCACGACGGUGCGCCGCAUUUCGGGCCCCCUGGCUGUGCGCCUGCUCGAGGCGUGCGUCGACCGCUUGAACCGCGGUGGCGUCAAGAGCAAGGGUGCACUUGGCAGCGCGCGCGCGCGCGGCAUCGUCGAGUGGAUUCACCAGACGCUGACGUGCCACACCGCCUACCUUAUGAGCCUCCCGAAUCUCGUGACUCGUCUAUCCCAGCUGCACCACAGCCUCGCGGCCCGCCUCGCAUCGUACGAGCGCUUGCUGGCCCUGAAGGGGCGCAUGGAGCUGGUGAUGAGCCAGAUUGACCUGCACAUGUCUUACAGCGCCGACGAUACGCCGAUCCACGUGCAGGGCCAGAAGCUCGGCAAAAAGUCCACGCAGGCCGAGCUCGCCAAGAAGCAGGCCGCCUCGCAGCAGCGCCAGGAGGGUGAGGUGUGGGUCGAGCCCAGGGACGAGGACGAAGACGACGAGGACGAUGUGGAAGAUAUUGGUCUUAGUGCCGGCGCAGACGUCACGAUCGACGACGACGACGACGGCAUGGACGAAGACGAUCUUGAUGCCGAAGAGGUGGAUAUCGACGAUCUAGAGGGCGGCCUUGACGAGGACGAUCUUGACGAGGAUUUGGAAGAGGACGAGGCCCCUCUGGACGACGAUGAUAGCGACGCCUUGUCGGACGAAGACGACUCUGACGAGGAAGACGAUGACGAGGAAGACGACGACGAAGAGGACGAGGACGAGUAG